AUGGCCAAGUACGUUGAUGUCAGCAUUGCACUCGGCUUCAUCAAUGCUGGUGCGGUCAGGGAUGUUGGUGCCGUGUUGGCCAUUGGCGGCGGAAUCAGGAUCGCUGACAUCGAUGAUGCCAUCGAUGUCAGCAACAUCAGCAAGUUCGGAUGUGUGGCUCCAGGUGUCGGCGAUAUCGUUGCUGCCUCCGAUUUUGAUGCCAUUCUUGUGGCUAAUGUUACUGUUGCGCAUACUGUCGUUGCUGUUUCUGUUGCCGUUCCGCUUGUUUCAUGUAACGCGUCAUCACAUAAUGCAAUGCUGCUCGCGUCGCGUAAUGUUUUCUUCAUGCCAUAG